GGCGGAUCUGUAAAUAAGUUGAAGUCGACUGCUAACGUUACUUGCUCAAUAUCUGCCUCAAAUAGUUAUAUUUGUCGACAUUAAGUGUAUUCAUUCAUCAUGUCGACGAAGCUUGGGCGUCUGCCCUAUGACGAGCCUCCUAUGUACCUGCAGAGGCCCUCAUCUGGGCGAUCGCAGGACGUUACCCACGUGCUGGCUCGGACAUUCCGGGACCUGUUUACUAGGGACUUUGUCGAGCAGGAGACGGUACGGAAUCUGAAUAAGUCAAGAAGUGGAGACGACACUUACCAUGAAAAAUACGUUGAAGAUUUAAGGAAGAUCCAAGCUGAACGAGAGAGGCGAAUGGCAGAGGCCUUGAUGCUGGAGAGACACAUCAUGCAAGCGAGGGCACGCUCUAUGGCCGCCGACGAACGAGAGCUGAACAAGGCAGCCGAAGGAUGUGACAUCUAUCACGAUCUAGGACUUCCCCCAGUGGAUUCCAACCUUGAGAACCAUCUUGACAGUGAUUUACUCCGCAAACACGGCCUGAUAGUUCCUGAGGACUAUUCCACAGCUGAGCCAGCCCUUGCCCAUGCGCCGAAAGCAAGCAGAAAGCCCAGAUACGCAGAAGCGACGGACGCAUCCAAUGUUCGCGUCCAUCACACGGAGGACGAGUUUCAUGUCCAAGAAGGAGGUGGUCACGUGACGCCAGGAAGCCAGGCAGAAGUGGCCUUGUUGGAUACAGCCAAACCGUGGCAGGGCACCACCUCCCCGCAGACCAGAGAACGCAACCGCACCGAUCUGGCCAUGGUGCACAAGAAAUCGGACUUCAAGCGUAACCCUCGGCACCGACCCCCCUCCACCCUCAGCGGGGGCAAGACACUGACGAAGCCCAACACCGUGACACAUCAGCUGGGCGGUGCCAAGUCGACAGUCAUAGAUACAGCUAAAAAAGAUCCAUCAGUUGUCUUCUUAGCCAACCCAUCCACGGUAGUCUUUACCGAGUACCAGGUCGGACGAGUGUACGAGCUCCCACUAGAGUUGAAGAAUAUUUCCACUGCCAGUCGACCACUUCGAAUCAUCCCCCCCAAGUCUCAGUUCUUCUCUGUCGGACUGGGGAAGUUUCCGGGAGAGCACGGAAUCGUUGCGCCCGGGAUGAGCUGCCAGUACAACAUACGCUUCAUGCCCGAUUCCCUGAUGGACUUCAACGAUGUGAUCACAAUCCAGACCCAGUCCAGCCAGCCACUCGUCAUCAAGCUGCAGGGAAGACGUCCUCCGCCCGUUCUCUCACUAUCCAAAGACAUUGACUGUGGUCACUGUCUGAUCGGCGGGCGUCGGACCGUUCAGUUUCUGAUCAAGAACGCAGGAGGUAGUGGUCGCUUUUGCCUUAUGCCCAGGGAAAGUUGGCCCACAACAAAUUUCAAGUCCGCAACCAACAGCUCCAAGGUGGACCUGGCGCCGUUCCAAAUCCAACCAGCGAUAUUGGAGCUAUUAGCGGGUCAUACCAUUCCAAUACAGGUGACAUUCACUCCGACGUCCGUCAAGCAUUUCAGCCGCGACAUCAGCAUGGUUUGUGACAACUGCACCGUCAAGCACUUCACCAUCAAAGGAGAGGGUCAGACAGCAGGGGUGGAGCUUCAGGACGUGAGCGAGGGGGGAGAGAGUCAUUCAAGCCCAGGGGAGAUGUCUGACGCCACUGCCCAGCACCAGGUCCGCUUUGACCCCAUCAAUCCCAUGACCUUUACCACCAAACAGCUGACCGUCAAAAACACCACGAAUGUGGAGCUUCCCUUCCACUGGGAGUUAUUGAGACCUCACUUGGAGUGCCCGGGACCUCAGAGGGAGGAGGAGAAUGGGGAGAUACUUGGAGGAGGAAUCAUCCAACGUCUGAAGGAUGAGAGCAACAUCUUCUGCAUCAACCCAGACAGGGGUGUCCUAGCCCCACAAGGAGUCUGCCGGGCAACGGUGGCUUACGCACCAUUAAAGAUCGGGGCGUACCACAGCGUCCUCCACCUCGUCCUGAAGGAGGUCCCCAAGGAGCGCCAACUCUCCGCCGCCUCCUCCCAAGGAGACGAUCCCAAAGAGGAGAUCACACCCAACGAGCGGUCGGCAAGACGAAGCGGGGCGGUGCAAGUCUCGGACGUCGUGGGACUGGAGGUAGAGCUGAAGGGAGAGUGUGAGGAGUACAAAGUUCUGGUUCACCCGUAUGCCAUCUUCGUGCCGGGUCAACUUCUGGUCUCCACGACUAUCCGGAAACCCUUCCAAAUGAGUAACCACAGCAAGUUCCCCGCCCACUUUGCCUGGACCAAUCACAGCGAGGGUCACAUCAUCGAGGUGGAGACCCCCCAGGGCACCAUCCCGCCCGAAUCCACGAUCCAUAUGGAGUUGGCGAUCUCUGGGGCACACCCUGGCCCCAUCGACCACACCCUCUUGUGUCAUAUCGAGCACCAGGAACAGGCGGUGCCCAUGCGGGUCAUCGCCGACAUCAAGGGACCCACGGUCGUCAUCGAUACACCGGCCAUCGACUUUGGCCUGGUGCGUUUCGGAGAAAGAGUCGUGCAAGAGAUGCACAUCAGGAAUACGUCUCAAGUAGCAGCGUCUUGGAGUGUGAGAGAGAGCAAGGAGUUUAUUAUAGAACACCCCCAGUCUGGAGAGAUUUUCUCUGAGUUUACGCUGAUGCCCUCUUGUGGUGACCUACCUCCCCUUGGGUCAAAGGUUAUCAAGGUCACCUUCGAGCCGGUACGAUGCCGCAGGAUACAGAGCGUGUUUGAGUGUAAUGUUUUGGAUGGAAACAACAGUUUUGUCGGUGUUCGAGCCAAUGUCCAGCACCCUCUAGCAUGUCUCCUCUCCUCGCACUUAGCAAUGGACGAGGUUUACGUUGGCGUGCCAGUAACCACAGAGGUAACCAUAGUUAACCAGACCAAGCUCUCCGCAGACUUUUGCUGGCAGAAGCCACUUGGAUCCCAAGCCGGAAAUUGUAACGUGACCUUUGACCCCUGCGAAGGCAGACUUGGACCUCGAGAGAACCUGAAAGUAGCCGUCACAUUUGUUGGCCACAUUCAGGGAGUUCUGGAUGAUGUUAAGAUUCCCUGCUACAUCCAGGGGAUGGGUGUACCGCUUGUCUUGGCUUUGAUCACCGAUGUCCGAGGCCUGACUGUGACGUAUCUGACCCCACACUCCGGGACAGACAAAUUGAGCGAAGACAAUCUCUUGCUUGACUUUGGCAAGGAUGUAGAGUUAGGCUCCACCCCAAGCCGUCUUGUGCACAUCACCAACCACACAGCCAUAGCUGCCCCAUUCCACAUCGCAGUGGAGCAUUUUGAAUCUGCGAAGCCACCGUCUCCUCCUGAGAAGGAGACUAAGGAUCAGUCAAAGAGGCGUGGUCUUCUGAGUCGAACGUCCAACCUGGCUGACCCACAGAGCCGUACUCCGUCCCAGAUCAAAGCAGACUACGCCAAGGCGGUGCUUCGAGACAACCGCGGGGUGGCGUUUGUCGUCUCUCCGGCGUCUGGUGUGCUGGAGCCUUUCUCUCAGCUUGCGGUCAGCGUCGAAGCGUUCAGUGACAUGUGGGGCAGCUACACUGAGAACCUCAUCUGUAAGGUGUCUGAUCUAGCACCAGUCGUCAUCCCGAUUGAAAUGACGGUCACCGGUUGUCCGCUUUGCUUCUCCAUGGCCACUCUGAAGGGACAGCUACCGAUUGUCCGCUUUGGGACGCAUAUCGCUGGUCUUCCCAAGGUCCUGAGACCGUUAAAAAUACGAAACAACAGCCCUUGUGACGUCCGGGUGGACUGGCAGAUUUUCAAUCUGACUGAGAAUGACUCCACCCUCGUGGAUCUCCUCGUCAACAUCGGUGAGCCCUUCCCCCUCCGCGAUGAGAACGGCCGAGAGAUUGUUCCCCCAUCACCCGAGCAAGAAUCACCCCAACCUGUUGUUGAAAUACCAGCAGGACAGGCAGAGGGAGAUGCUAGCUUGCUGUCAAAGGUCACCAAGGCAAUGGAAGGAAGCUCGGAUCGGGGGUCAGAGGACAAAGGUCGCCUGAUCAGUGUGGUACUCCGAGAGCACGAGGGUGAACCGGGCGAGAGGGGACCCUUUACUGUUUGUCGUCAACAAAUGGUCAUCCCGGCCCGUGGGAGCUUACAAAUGGCAGCCGCCUUUGACCCUCAGUUUGGCUCUCUCAUCAUGAGCGGGACUGACUGUAUCGGGUACGGGUUGGGCUUCAUGAGUUUGGACAGCGAGGGCGCCAGAGAGGUAGCUGGUAAGGUGACCCGAUCGCAAGGUCACGAGAUGAUUCCGCUGAGGUUGGAUUUCACUGCGUAUCUUAAGCCAGCUUUACUCACAGUUGAAACGGUGGAUGAUGAAGGUAUGCGCUACCACACUGCCGCCAGCGACCUGCUCCACCCUGACGACCCCGGCCAAUUUGCCUCACCCUUCUUCAAGGGCCAGGCGGCCAACCUCACCAAUGCGACGCAGACGCCGCUGGCUUUCCGUCUGGUCACGCCCGAUCCCUUCGUACUUCUCAGCACAGAGCCAGGGUCAGGCAAAGGCAGGACUCCACUGGCAGCGGUGUCGAGGGGAGACCAGUUGAUAGGCCUUCCACCCCAGAAGAAUCUUCAGAUGAAGGUUGCCUUCCAGCUCUGUGUGGAAUUGUUGGAGCUCUCCUUGUUUAAGCUGCGCAUAGGAGAGGAGCACAACGGGUUUAGUCUUACCCGGCAUGAGGAGGAACGACGUCUCAUCAUCAGGAAGGAUUUAGAGAUACAUUACAGCAACAGUGCCGUUCAGAAACUUCCACUGUACGCCAUGAUCAUCAUUCCCUCCAUCAAAGUGACUCCUUCCCAGUUGGACUUCGGCACGUGCCUGGUGUCGCAACAGCGGCAACUGGAAGUGAUCAUCAAUAACCCCACAGGCUCAGCAAGCCACUGGACCGUUCAUUCUGUUGCGGAUCAGAAGGAAGGCAGCGAGAACAUCUUUGAUGUUGUCCCCUCGACAGGAUUCCUAGAAGCUCACAUCACCCACGUCUCCCACAGCAAAGUGACCCUCAAAGUUCACUUCACGGCAAGGCAUAAUAUUCCGUACAAGGGCAAGUUCAUUUUCAAAGGAAUGCUGGGAGAAAUACCCCAGGAGCUGGAGGUCAAAGGUGAAGGGUCAUAUGACAGCCGACAUGAAGCCUUAGUUGACGUUUGAGGUUUGGCUAGUGAGAUUUUGUAACACCCCUGAAAUGUUCAUGAGUUAGCCAUCUUGUGUCUUGGUCCCCGAAUGCAAGAGGCUUUGUAAGCAUACAAGGCUCAUCAUGGUAACCAGACUAAUUUGGUCCGUUUGCAAAUUCUUAAUCCAGGAGUUGGAUGUAAAUAGUUUAGCCUAAAUUUCAUGUAAAUUCCAGCCUGCACUGUCAUUUUAAACAUGAUUUAGGCAGAGAUAAAUUGCAUCUGUGGCCAUGUUUAUCAUGGGGACAAGUUGCAUCUAAACUAGGCAUCAAACAAACAAAAUAAAAUAUGGAAAAUACAAAGAUCAAUUUUUUGUAUCUGCUGUCACAAGAAAUAUUCCCUAUGAACUUCAUCAAAUUUUCUCUUUACAGCAGUUCCUUAAAAUUAAGUAUACAAGUAUAUUAAAAGAUAUUCAAGUACUGAAGUAAAAAAAACUGUCAAUUAUCUUAACUAUUAGAUACAUGAUUCUUAGAAAAAACAAACAAACAAACAUACACCCCUAACAAACAAACAAACUUAAAAGUAUGUUUUGGAUGUGUCAUUUUUUGUACGAACUUUAAUUAUCCCUAGAGUCGAGUAGGGUGGGUAUAUCAUUUUGGCCGAGCACGUUCAUUCCUGUCCCAAAGAACACUGUGUGAUAAUGUCUUGGCAGUCGCUAGUACCUUAAAGACACUGGACACUAUUGGUAAUUGUCAAAGACCAGUAUUCUCACUUGGUGUGUCUCAACAUUUGCAUAAAAUAACAAACCUGGGAAAAUUUGAACUCAAUUGGUCAUUGAAACUAAUUAUGGAAAAAUAAACCUUGCCGCACAAGUUGUGCGAGGUCUCAAAUUCAAUUCAAAUAUUUUCGUGAGAAAUUACUUCUUUCUCACAAACUAUGUUACUUCAG